CUCGGCUAUGCCUUUGCCUUUGUGCGCCUGCGAAACAGGAAGGAGGCGCAUGCGCGCUCCCGUGGCCGAGGAAACGCCUGGCCGGGGAGAGGCGAAGGGAAUCUAGGCCGCGGUUGAAGCCGGGGACUCGCCUAGAUGUCUUCGCCGGAAGAGGCGCGGGUCGGGCCGGUCCCGGAGGAGGACCUUCCCCCGGAGUGGGAGGCGGAUGAAGAGCGGAUGGCUUUCCUCUUCUCGGCCUUCAAGCAGAGCCGGGAGGUCAACGCCACCGAGUGGGACAGCAAGAUGAGUUUCUGGAGCGAGCUGGUCCUGAAGUGGGGCCGCCGCCGGGGAAGGGUCCGCACUUGCCUCCGGCAGCUCCAGCAGGCCUUCGAGCGCCGCGGCAGCCUCCCGCUCGGCCUGGGCACCGUCCUCCGGGAGCUCCUCCGACGUGGCAAGUUACAGAGAGAGUCUGACUUCAUGGCCAGUGUUGACAGUAGCUGGAUCUCCUGGGGUGUUGGAGUCUUCAUUCUGAAGCCCCUCAAGUGGACCUUGUCCAGUGUGCUGGGUGACAGCAAAGUGCCAGAGGAGGAGGAAAUUCUGAUUUAUGUGGGGCUGCUUCAGGAGAAGGCGGAAGAAGUAUAUCGUUUCUAUCAGAACUCCACACUUUCCUCACAUCCUGUUGUGGGUCUGGCAGAGCUGCGUUCCUUGUGCACCAGCAUCUGCCCCGAUGAACGGACGUUCUGUCUGGUGCUACUCCAGCUGCAGAAGGAGAAGAGGGUCACAGUCCUGGAGCAGAACGGCAAUAAGAUUAUGAAAUUUGCCCGAGGACUUCAUGCCAAAGUAUCCCCAGUGAACGACGUGGACAUUGGAGUUUAUCAGCUGAUGCAAAGCGAGCAGCUCCUGACGCAGAAAGUGGAGUCCCUGGCCCAAGAAGCAGAGAGAUGUAAAGAGGAGGCUCGGAGUGCAUGUAAAGCCGGGAAAAAGCAGCUGGCACUUAGAUGUUUGAAAUCCAAACAAAGAACAGAAAGACGCAUUGCAGAACUUCACUCCAAGCUGGAUGUGGUGCAAGGCAUCCUGGACCGGAUAUAUGCCUCUCAGACAGAUCAGAUGGUAUUCAAUGCCUACCAGGCUGGAGUAGGAGCUCUGAAGCUGUCCAUGAAAGAUGUCACUGUAGAAAAGGCAGAGAACCUGGUGGAUCAAAUUCAAGAGCUUUGUGAUACCCAGGAUGAAGUAGCUCAGACCCUAGCAGGAGUGGGAAUCAAUGGCUCAGAAGUUGAUACUGAGGAACUGGAGAAGGAAUUAGACAAUCUCCUCUUAGACUCCUCAAAAGAUCAUCUGGACCUGCCUUCUGUUCCACAGAAGCCACUUUUUCCUGCAUCCGUGGUGCUUCCUAGCAUUUCAGAUGCUGAACUUGAAGCUGAGCUGGAGAAGCAUAUUCUUUCAGCUGGAGGAUUGGCACAAGAGACUGACCCGAACACCUCCCAGCCCAAAAGAGUGCUGGAACUGCCUCUUUAAAGACCUUGUCCUGGGGUGUUUUUUUUUCUGCAAUGAAGAAGUCUUGACUUUGGUGAUCCUAAUGGCAAAAGUAUGUGGAAUGUGGGCUUCUGCCCCCCUCUUACUAGACAGCACUUUUUAAAGAGACAGGAUCUACUGCCACGACAAUCCACCUUCUGUCAAACAGCCCGCAGCUGUGGUUGCCAUUGUUUUUAGUGCCAAACUACCAUAUCUCUGGUUGACGUGUUCACCCAUGUGGCCAGUUACGGUUUUAUCCUUUUUGCUGGCCAUUUGACUCCCCUGCUGCAAUUCUCACUCGCCAUCCCAGCGUGAGGGGCCUGCUGAUACUUAGCGGAACCGAACCUAGUCAUGAUGGUGAUGAAGAAGAAUCAGAAAUGCAGUAGGAUCCCACUUCCCCUGGCAUUGAGCUGUUUUGAGUGGAUGCACAACACAUUAGGCGCACAUAAGAUAUUGACUCCAAUAACCAGAUGUUGGCAGUGGCCAUAGACACACAUUGAUGGUCCUUCUAUUCUUCCUUAUUGGUGUUUUGCACGGCAGCUUAGAUGUGUGACAGUUUUAUUGUAGGAGACUUUAUGUUGCUCUUCCCCUAUGGGGGUGGGGUGGGUAGCAUCCACCAGCACAAAUAGCAACUCAGUCCCCCUUUCCUUAAUACUAGUACAGCCUUAAAGGGACCUGCAAAGAGGUUUUUUUUGUUGCUGCUUGAUGAUAGUACAAUCUUUUGAUGUUGGAAAAGUGCUGCAGAUAGAGUAAAUGACAUCACCUUCUGCACUGGUGGAACAUUUCAUUUAAUACUCCCAAGAGGUUAAUGGUGAACAUUUGGAAACGUAUCGAUGGGUUUGUAGCCCAUGGAGAGGUCCUUUAGUUGCUUUUUAAAUUUUUUUUAAAACCCUUUAGAAAUGCCCAGGCUUUGAACUAAUAACAGUGCCCCUCUGACAUUUGACUUGCAAGGGGAGAGGUGUGUUCUCUCUCGGUACAGGAAAUAUUACGUGGUGGAGAUGCUGUAAGAUACGAUGCUGAUUAACGCAUUUGGAAGGCUUUUACCUAUUGGUGGGAGGAAAAGUGCAUUUGCCCCUUCCUGAUGCAGAUCACCUUUUUACAAAGCUAUGUGUGUCCACACAACAGACUAGGCUUGCAUUCUUUCUGGGUGGCAGAUGUUUUCUGCGCAUCCAGGAGAGCGUACACUUUCCUGGCGUGCCAGUGUAUAUCAUAUGGCCCUCUGCGAAGUACAUGGAGGGUGGGAACUGGAUCUCACAAGAAGCUGUGGUGACUUGUGGCUGUCUGCAAGCUUGUUGCCUGUUCUGAGACGGAGUGUGUCGUCAUAAGUGUUAAGGGGCUUAGGGCCAUCUGCUGCCUUGGACUGAAUGAUCCUUGAUGCAGGCAAUACGGUGGGAAAUGUUUGUAUAUGGGGAUGAAAUUGUCAGAACUGAGGAGAGGACAAACAGCUGACAAGAGCGAAAUGCGUAUCUUUCAUGUGUUGUGUCCAAAAUGACAUUUUGCUGGUUUCCCCACAAGAUUCUUCUUGGGUGUGUUUCUUUUUUUUUUCCUUUUCAUAUGGCCUUGUGGUUAAAGCAUAUGACAAAAGGUGUGUUAAAUUAUUUUAAUCGCAUUGUAAUUCAUUUGUUUAGGCAGCCAGUGGGAGAAGAAACAGAAGUAACUACUCCUUUUUUUUAAAAAAUGACUUAAUAAAGGGGAGAAAAGAUUUCA